AUGAUUGCCAUAUCCAUAGCAGAAUAUCUUGUAUCUUAUGCGGACAAAAAUGGUUUUUACUUGAGAUCCAUCUUCAAUAUUCAUCAUCAUUUAAAGACUAAAAAUGGAUGUUUGAGAGAACAGAUACACCCUUGUUUAUAUCAAUCUCAGAGACAUUCCUUAGCUGCUCACAUAUGUAUUCAUACAGGAAAGAACCCAUUUGACAGUGAUAUCCAUGGUAAAUUAUUCAAUGAAACUAGUCACUUAAGUAAGCACAAAAGUCUUCCGACAGCAGGAAAGCUAUAUCACUGUGAUAUCUGUGAUAAGCCUUAUCAUUGUGACAUCUGUGAUAAAUCAUUCUCUCAGAGACAUUCCUUAGCUGCACACAUAUGUAUUCAUACAGGGAAGAAGCCAUUUGACAGUGAUAUCCAUGGUAAAUUAUUCAAUGAAACUAGUCACUUAAGUAAACACAAAAGUCUUCAGACAGCAGAAAAGCUAUAUCACUGUGAUAUCUGUGGUAGAUCAUUCUCCCAAAGUGGUAACUUAACUACACACAAACACAUCCAUACAGGAGAUAAACCGUAUCCCUGUGAGAUUUGUGGUAAAUCAUUCUCUCAAAGUGACUUCCCAUUUUCUGGAAAAUAUGUCGUAUCACUUCCUGUUGUUUUUAAAUCUUUUACUUUCAAUAAAUUUUGCAUGUCUAGUGACACAAAUACGGAGAGUUUCAGGAUAUUUGCUCAACAAAUAUCAGAUGACAUUGGCAUAGUAGAAAGUUUUAAAGACGAAAGGAAAGUCUUAUACACAAGAGAUAUAAACUUGUUUGUAUAA